AUGCACCCCACUUCCCUAAUAAUAACAUCCAGCUUAAUCAUUAUUUUUUUACUUUUAGCGUACCCCGUAUUCACAACCCUCACACCUCAACCAUCCGGAACCAAUUGAGCCCUCUCCCAAGUCAAAACAGCAGUUAAACUAGCUUUCUUCACUAGCCUCCUUCCUUUGGGCCUUUUCCUCAACGAAGGAGCAGAAGUAAUCAUUACUAACUGAAAUUGAAUAAAUACCCUAACAUUUGAUGUUAAUAUUAGCCUCAAAUUCGACCACUACUCAAUUAUCUUUACCCCAGUCGCCCUAUAUGUUACAUGAUCAAUUCUUGAAUUUGCAUCUUGAUACAUACAUGCAGACCCUUACAUGAACCGAUUUUUCAAAUACCUCCUAGUCUUUCUAAUUGCUAUAAUUACCCUAGUUACAGCAAACAAUAUAUUUCAACUUUUUAUUGGCUGAGAAGGAGUAGGCAUUAUGUCCUUCCUUCUCAUCGGCUGAUGAUAUGGACGAGCCGACGCAAAUACUGCUGCCCUCCAGGCAGUUCUUUAUAACCGAGUCGGGGAUGUUGGACUAAUUUUCGCCAUAGCAUGGAUAGCCACAAACUUUAACUCUUGGGAAAUGCAACAAAUAUUUGCAGCCGCCAAAGACUUUGACCUUACCUUCCCACUUCUAGGGCUGAUUAUUGCCGCUACCGGUAAAUCAGCCCAAUUUGGACUUCACCCAUGGCUUCCCUCUGCCAUAGAGGGUCCCACACCGGUCUCUGCCCUACUGCACUCCAGCACCAUGGUUGUUGCGGGAAUUUUUCUCCUAGUCCGAUUGAGCCCUCUAAUGGAACACAACCAGACGGCUUUAACCGUAUGUUUAUGUUUAGGUGCCCUAACGACCCUAUUCACCGCUACCUGUGCCCUCACUCAAAAUGACAUCAAAAAAAUCGUUGCAUUCUCUACAUCUAGCCAAUUAGGCCUAAUGAUGGUUACCAUCGGAUUAAACCAACCUCAACUUGCCUUCCUUCACAUCUGUACGCACGCUUUCUUCAAAGCAAUACUCUUUCUAUGCUCAGGUUCAAUCAUUCACAGCUUAAAUGACGAACAAGACAUUCGCAAGAUAGGAGGUAUACAUCACCUCACUCCUUUUACAUCCUCCUGCCUUACCAUUGGCAGUCUAGCCCUAACAGGUACCCCCUUUUUAGCAGGCUUCUUCUCCAAAGACGCCAUCAUUGAAUCACUAAACACAUCACACCUUAACGCCUGAGCCCUGACCUUAACCAUUUUAGCCACCUCUUUUACAGCCAUUUACAGCCUCCGAGUGGUGUACUUCGUCUCCAUGGGCCACCCCCGAUUCAGCCCCAUAUCCCCUAUUAACGAAAAUAACCCAGCAGUAAUCAACCCAAUCAAACGACUAGCCUGAGGUAGCAUCGUCGCCGGUCUCCUAAUUACCUCAAACAUUAUCCCUUUAAAAACACCUGUCAUAACUAUACCUCCCCUUCUUAAACUAGCUGCCCUGGUUGUUACCAUCUCAGGACUGUUAAUUGCCCUAGAACUAGCAUCUUUAACAAACAAACAAUUCAAACCCCUCCCUCAACUAACCACCCACCACUUCUCCAACAUAUUAGGCUUUUUCCCAAUGAUCAUCCAUCGCCUUACCCCUAAACUAAACCUCACCCUUGGCCAAACAAUCGCCAGUCAAAUAAUCGACCAAACCUGGUUAGAAAAAACAGGACCCAAAGCCAUUAUUUCCUCUAAUAUCCCCCUAGUCACCACAACAAGCAAUGCCCAGCAAGGAAUAAUCAAAACCUAUCUAACCUUAUUCCUCCUCACCCUCAUCCUUGCCACACUAGUAUUUAUCUUCUAA